ACGAUUUAGGGAUGAAGCAAAGCAGGGAAGCACCAGGAAGCAAAUGCUCAAUCGACAGAGUCACAGGGCUCCAUCUGCUUUGCAAAGAAGCUGAUUGAAAUUGAUUUCCUAGCAUGAGGGUGCUGAUCUUUCUCCUCCAAAGAUGCAUCCAGCUCCUUGCACUUCCCAUCUAUGUGCUGUCCUUCCUUGGCUUGUGGGAUCCUAUGUGCAAAAAGGCUUUCCCUUAUGUCAUGAACAGAUUGGCCAGAUCGUACAAUGUGAAGCUUCACAAGGAGAAGCAGCAACUGUUCAGUAAUUUGAAGGACUUCGCGGGUUCAUCAGGCCAGAUCUCUCUGCUAGAAAUUGGCUCUGGCACCGGGACCAACUUCCAGUUCUACCCGCCUGGCUGUCGAGUGACGUGCACAGACCCCAACCCCAACUUCAAGCAGUACCUGGCAAAGAGCAUGGCUGAGAACCAGCACCUCCAGUUUGAGAACUUUGUGGUGGCCCCAGCGGAGGACCUGCGGCUUGUGUCUGAUGGGUCUGUGGAUGUCGUGGUUUGCACACUGGUGCUCUGCUCUGUGAGCAAUGUCACGGCAGUCCUGAAGGAAGUCUUGCGGAUACUCAAACCUGGCGGUGCCUUCUACUUCAUGGAGCAUGUGGCUUCUCCCCGAUCCAGCUGGAGAUACUUCUGGCAGCAAGUCUGUGAUCCUACUUGGAAAUAUUUGGGAGAUGGGUGUUCCUUAACCCGGGAAACUUGGAAGGACCUGGAGAAGGCAAAUUUCUCUGAACUGAAACUGCAGCACAUAAAUGCCCCCUUGAACUGGAGCCUGGUCCGUCCUCAUAUCCUUGGAUAUGCUGUGAAAUGAAUUCUUAAGUUUUGGGAAGUUUGUGCCUCUUGGAUAGAGAUGUUUGGGAAAGUCACUUUUUUGAACGAUAGUUCUUAGAAUCCAACAGCCAACACCUUCAGGCCUGGCUGUGGGAUGCUAGGUAUUACAGUCCUUCAAUAUGUUUUAAAACUCUGUUAAAAACAGAGCCGUAAUUGGCCAAUUGCCUGGAGGAAGCAAAGAUGCUGCUGAGUUCAAUGGCUUUAAUACCAAGAAUGAAAUAGUCAGAGCCUGGAAAACAUAUAGUUGUGAGGGGACAUAUUCCUUUGCUUUUUGGGAUUAAAAAAUAAUUUCAAGACAUGGAUGGUUUAAUCUGUGGAUACAGAAUUUGUGGAUAUGGUGGGCUAACUGUAUAAAAGCAAUUGCAUGGAAGCAAAGUGCCUGAAAUUGGGCAAACGUAGUUGACUCUUUUAGAGUCCAUCUGUAAAAGUACUUGUGCUAUAUUCUUAAUAGUCAUUCUCCAGCUUCCCACAGUCAAGCAGACACAAACACAUACAGCCUGGAAAAAUCACAGCAACCACAUAGCUGAAUAAAAUCCCACAUUAUCUGCUUUGAACUGAAAUAUAUGGUAGUGUGGACUCAGGGCCCUUCUACACAACCGUAUAUCCCAGGAUAUCAAGGCAGAAAAUCCCACAUUUUCUGAGUGUGGACUCAGAUAACCCAGUUUAAAGCAGAUAAUGUGGGAUUUUCUGCCUUGAUAUUCUGGGACAUAGGGCUCUGUGGAAGGGCCCUGGUGAUUCUGGGCAUGAAAGCCUUUGACAACACAUUCACAUUUGCUCAACUUCCUAGUGAAUUUGUGAAAUUUCAGUACCCACAUAGAAAUAUAUGAAGGAGGAAUCUUAGCAAGUGCUAUUCUGUGGUUUAAAAAAAUACAGCCUAAAUCGUAGUCUGCAGAAUAAUAGCUAGGAACUAUAUUCUUGUCCUCUCUUUAUGAGUAUGUACACAACAUUUUUGUACAUCUUUACAGAAUCAGCCCUACCAGCUUCAAACAGUUGAUUUGGAAUGUCUUGAAAAGGCAGUAUAGGGUUAGUUAUUAACUCAGCACUCCACUGCACUGCCAAGGAGUGCUAGGGAUAUUUGAGGUCCUGCUGCUUGAUAAAUCUUCGUCAUGAAUUUAGAAGCCAACCCGGCUAGCAGUUUCCUGAUCUGAGUGCAUCAUUUGCAUAUAACACAUCAGACAGAGAUUUAUUCAUAUGGAAGAAAAAUGAGACAUUCUCAGUGCACAAAAGGGAAUUAUUUUUCCCCUUCUGAUGGCCCUUCUACAUAGCUGUAUAAAAUCCAGAUUAUGUUUUGAACUGGAUUAUCUAGCAGUGUAGAUGCAGAUAAUCCUGUUCAAAGCAGAUGAUGUAGAUUAUCUACUUUGAUAUUCUGGAUUAUAUGGCAAUGCAGAAGGGCCCUGAGUGAGCACAAACUGGUCUGUCCAGAGGGGAGUAUCCUAUCACAUUAUUUUCAGUGAGGCAAUCACAUAUCUUCCAUUACAAUAAGUGAAAUGGAAUACUACUUUACUUUGGUGCACACCUGUACUUUUGUGUGUGUGUGUGUGUGUGUUUUUUUUUUACUGCAGAAUAUUAGUGACUUGGUAUUUUGUGUUCCUUCUUAAAUUCUGUUGGGCUUCAACAUUUGCAAAUCUGAUUAAAAUGUUAUCUCUAGAAA